AUGACAGAUACAUCCAAAACAAGGAACAGCGAUGAUCCAAACAAAAGGUUUCUCAAGUUUUGUGUUCCCAUUCACAAGCAUGCUCUAAACGGAAACUGGCCUGCAGCCAAACGCAUCUUAGACAAACAGAAUGAGCUUAAAAAUGCUGCCAUAGCAAAUGGGUGGCAUACACUACUGCAUAUUUCUGCAGGUGCAAACCAAAUUCACUUUGUGAAGGAGCUAUUGAAGAUGCUUCAUGACAAUGAUAUAGCAUUGCAAGAUGCCAAUGGUAACACUGCUUUCUGUAUUGCUGCUGCAGUUGGAAACAUGAAAAUUGUUGACUUAAUGCUGAAAAGAAACCCCGAUUUACCUAUUAUAAGAGGUGCAUUAGGAUAUACUCCUAUUCAGAAUGCUGCAUUGCAAGGAAGAUACAAAAUGGCAUGGCAUCUAUAUGAUAAAACAAUACAUUGUUUUGAAGACAAUGACUGGGAAUUAUUGUUCUUUGCUUGUAUCUACACUGGCAUCUAUGACUUGGCCUUGAAAAUGGCAAGAGGCAGAAAUGCACUUGCUUUUGCACGUGAUGUGAAUGAAGAGACAGCUUUGCAUCUCUUGGCUCAAAAUCAAAUGCCAUUGGAUUCUUGUUGUCAUUGUCUGGAACAUGAUCAUCAUCCCAUCAUGACUAAUCCUGGUAAAUCAUUUCAUAACUUUUAG